UGGCGGCGGUGGCAUCGGCGGCCGUGGCGGCGCUGCUGUUCCCCGCGCGGUCCGCGCAGCGGGGUCCGGGCUGCGCGUCUCGGGCGGCGGCACUGCGGCCCCGGCCCGAGCCCGACCCCGGGUCCCCUCCCCGGCCGCCCCCCGCCCACGGGCCGCCCCCCGGGCCCCGCGUCCCCUCCCCCGCUGGCGGGGCCCGGACAGAAGAUGGUGCAGAAGAAAACAGCCGAACUUCAGGGCUUUCACCGUUCGUUCAAGGGGCAGAAUCCUUUUGAGCUGGCCUUCUCCCUAGACCAGGCUCAUCACGGGGAGACUGACUUCAGCCUGGAGUGCCCAACCCGCCCUGACAUGCCCGCGAGCCAGCCCAUCGACAUCCCCGAUGCCAAGAAGAGAGGCAAGAAGAAGAAGAGGUGCCGGGCCACUGAUAGCUUUUCAGGCAGGUUCGAAGACGUCUACCAGCUGCAGGAGGACGUGCUGGGGGAGGGUGCCCACGCCCGCGUGCAGACCUGCGUCAACCUGAUCACCAACCAGGAGUACGCCGUCAAGAUCAUUGAGAAGCAGCCGGGCCAUAUUCGGAGUAGGGUUUUCCGGGAGGUGGAGAUGUUGUAUCAGUGCCAGGGACACAGGAACGUCCUAGAGCUGAUUGAGUUCUUUGAGGAGGAGGACCGUUUCUACCUGGUGUUUGAGAAGAUGCGGGGUGGCUCCAUCCUGAGCCACAUCCACAAGCGGCGGCACUUUAACGAGCUGGAGGCCAGCGUGGUAGUGCAGGACGUGGCUAGCGCUCUGGACUUCCUGCACAACAAAGGCAUCGCCCACAGGGACCUCAAGCCGGAAAACAUCCUCUGUGAGCAUCCCAACCAGGUCUCCCCUGUGAAGAUCUGCGACUUUGAUCUGGGCAGUGGCAUCAAACUCAACGGGGACUGCUCCCCCAUUUCCACUCCCGAGCUGCUCACCCCGUGCGGCUCCGCCGAGUACAUGGCCCCCGAGGUGGUGGAGGCUUUCAGCGAGGAGGCUAGCAUCUACGACAAGCGCUGCGACCUCUGGAGCCUGGGCGUCAUCCUCUACAUCCUGCUCAGCGGCUACCCGCCCUUCGUGGGCCACUGCGGCAGCGACUGCGGCUGGGACCGCGGCGAGGCCUGCCCAGCAUGCCAGAACAUGCUAUUUGAGAGCAUCCAGGAGGGCAAGUACGAGUUUCCUGAGAAGGACUGGGCCCACAUCUCCUUCGCUGCCAAAGACCUCAUUUCAAAGCUCCUCGUCCGUGACGCCAAGCAGAGACUGAGCGCUGCCCAAGUCCUGCAGCACCCCUGGGUGCAGGGGUGCGCCCCGGAGAACACCCUGCCCACGCCCAUGGUCCUGCAAAGGAACAGCUGUGCCAAAGACCUCACUUCAUUCGCGGCGGAGGCCAUUGCCAUGAACCGGCAGCUGGCCCAGCGCGAGGAGGACGCGGCCGAGGAGGUGGGGCAGGACCAGCCCGUGGUCAUCCGAGCUACCUCACGCUGCCUGCAGCUGUCCCCGCCCUCCCAGUCCAAAUUGGCCCAGCGGCGGCAGCGAGCCAGCCUGUCCGGAGCCCCCGUGGUCCUGGUGGGAGACCACGCGUGACGUCCUCCUUUCCUCUGUACAUAGGCCGCCCCUCCCCCCGUCAAGUCUAAAGGUUUUUUUAAGCUAUUGCCCGCGGGUGACCAGCGGGCUGCCCUCCCCCAGGCUGGAUUCCGAGGCGCUAAUAAGCUCAGCUGGGGGGGAUCUUUUUAUAUAAGGUUUUUGCUGUUGGGUUUUUUUUGUUUGUUUGUUUCCCGCCCCACCCUCCUUUUUUUCUUUUAAUGGUGUUAAAAGCAAAGCCGGCGCCCGGGGAGGAGAGCGGAGCGGCGUGCGGCUGGGUGGGCGCCCUCCCGCCGCCGCCGCCCCCGGGCCGGCCGGCCGGCCGGCCGGGUACUGUGAAGGCCCUUCCGCGCCGCCCGCGGGCCUCAGGAGAGGAGGGCGUGGCCGUCUUCCGGGGCCGGAGCCGGACCGCCCGCCCCCUCCCCAGCCCGCACAGUGUUUUCAGGGACAGGUUGACCCCCACCUCCCCUUGAUGAGACGGUCGCUCCUUCCUUCCCCACGGACACCCUGGUGGCAGGGCGGGGGCUUCUCAGGUCUCCCCUGUCGCGGGAGUGGAGCCUGGGUGCGGGCGGCAGGAUGGCCGCCGCCCACUGGACGCCCUGCCGACGGCCACUGGGGGCUUCCUCGAACCUUGACCUUAAGCUGCAGCUGACGGCCCCUCCCCCGGCCUCUCCCCCAGGACCGCCCGCCUGGGAGGGUGGCUCCAGAAGUAGGGGGGUGCUGGGCGGGCGCCCGUCAGCCAACGCGGGGGUCCCGUGGACCCCCGCCCGGGCACCCGAGUGCCCCUUCUCAGGGCUCAGUCUGACCACGGCCACGUCCUGCCCCGUCGCUCCUCGGGUCUGGCGUGGAAGCUCUGUCAGCCCCCCCACCCCGGGUCUCGCGGAAUCCCCCCCGUCGGGCGGCGCUCCUGCCCCGCCCACCUUCAGGAAAACCGCCCCUUCCGCCCGCGCCGCAGUCGGACGUCGCGUGACCCGCCGGGCUCGGGGAGACUCUGGCGCCCUUCGGCCUCGGGCGGGAGACACUAUGCAAUACAGGCUUCGUUUUCUACGUGCACACUUGCUUUUGCCGCCGGGGCGUGCGGGGGUCUGGGCCGGCCUCGCGGGCAGCCGCCCGGACAGCCCUCUGGCUUCUGGUUGUCCUGUUUCGUUAGUUUUCUAAAACAUCAGUUGACAUCCUUUCCCUGUUUUCGAAGAAUACUUGAAUGUGGGGGGGGGGGGGUUCCUGAGGCGUGGGGGGCUCGGACGCCGUCUCUGGGGCCCCCCAAGUCUCAUUAUUGCAGUCCGUGGUGGUUGGUGGGGGGCCGCCGCCCCCUCCCCGCCCCUUCCGCCCGGAUCUGUGGACUGGCCUUUCCAAAGACUCCGGGGGUGGGGAGGCCACCCACCCCAUCACUUCUCGCCCAUCGGUGAUUCCACAUUUUGCAACUGGGGAUUCUGCCUUUUUGUAAAAAACAAAUGGACUCUCGCCCACUGCAGGCGCCGUGGCCAUUUUACUGGGGAAUGCUGAGCUGUGAGCAGCUUUUUUUUUUUUAAAGGUGGGACAGCCACUUCCUCCCCCUGUCACAUGGACAGUGCAGCUGGAGGACUGGUCAGAACCGUUACUGUGAAUGAGUGGCCUGGGUCCCAGGCUGCUCUGGCGCUGGGGGAAGGGGGGAACAGCAGUGUUUCAAUGUUAACGUGUGAAAAAGACAAAAAAAACUUAAAUUUUUUUAAAGUGGGGGAAAAACAUCCAAGCACUUUAACUCCACUGUACCAGGUGAACUGAUACAGCUCAAAAAAGUUUUUCUUUACACCAA